CCAGAUUUUGUAUCCAGAGCAGUUACGGCGCAAACAACAGUCCAUCCAUUGCUGUCAAGCGUUUGGCCAACGAAAAAUUUGUUUAUUGCUUAACUCGGAUAGAUAUUUCUCUGCCUCAAUCGUGCUGUGUUCAAAUACUGUGGAGUUUGGCGGAGUAACAGAGAGCUCGCUUGCUGAUUUUUGCUGCGGAUCGUCGAGAGCGUGCUGGAAGUUGCUGUAAAAUAGCGAGGGAAACGAGAAGCCUGCAAGCAUGGGGGUUUUGGAUCAUGUAUCGGACAUGUUCGAUUGCUCCGGCGGUCAUACCAAGCACAAGAAGCGCAAACAGUUCCAGACUGUGGAGAUAAAGAUAAAAAUCGACUGCGAAGGAUGCGAGAGGAAGGUGCGAAGGUCUGUGGAAGGAAUGAAAGGCGUGACAUCGGUUGAAGUGUCUCCGAAGCAGAACAAACUGACGGUUACAGGCUACGUUGAGCCUCGGAAAGUGCUGGCGCGUGUGUUGCACCGCACGGGGAAGAAGGCGGAAUUCUGGCCAUAUGUACCAUACGACGUCGUGGCGCACCCCUACGCGCCUGGUGUGUAUGAUAAAAAAGCACCUUCAGGAUAUGUACGGAGAGCUGAGGAUCCACAGAUCUCGCAGCUUGCGAGGGCGAGCUCUGCCGAGGUACGGUACACUACUGCUUUCAGUGAUGAAAAUCCAAGUGCCUGUGUUGUCAUGUGAUUGAUUCUCCAUCUCUACCGUUUCUGUGCUUCGUCUUUUCAUAAUGUUUUUACUGUUUUGGUUGAUUUCAUAUGAUGAGAUAGAUGCCUUAAUUUCAUUCAAAGUUGCCAUAGCCAUAGUUGGUGCAUAGUUUGUCUCAUACUUGAUCCUUUACUUGGCUUUUGUUUAAUCACUGUAUAUUUGUAGCGCUUCCAAGAGUGUAAACAUUGUGUUAUUUCAAUGGUAAUGUAAUUUUUAUUUUUA